AUGGAGAAACUGUUUUGUGUACUGGUAAUAGUGGCUGGCUUGGUUUCUGUUCUGGAGGGACAAAUGUCUGGUGGCGGGCCAACGCAUGGGAAAGUGGUAGUAUGCUAUGUAGCUACAUGGGCAGUGUACAGGCCAGGAGAUGGAAAAUUUGACCUGAGCAAUUUGGAACCAUCUUUAUGUACCCAUUUAGUUUACUCGUUCGCCGGUCUUGAUACUACACAUAGUAUUAAGAGUCUGGAUCCCUGGCAGGAUUUGGAAAAAGAUUACGGGAAAGCUGGAUAUAAACGCCUUGUCUCCUUAAAACAGCGAUAUCCUCAUCUUAAAGUGACCAUAGCCAUUGGUGGCUGGAAUGAAGGCUCCGAAAAGUACUCAAAAAUGGCUUCUACACCUGCAACUCGAGCCAAAUUUAUUGAAAGCGUCAUGUAUUUCUUGAACACUCACAAUUUCGACGGUCUUGAUUUAGAUUGGGAAUAUCCUACUAAAAGAGGAGGCAAUCCAGAAGAUAAAGCUAAUUAUGUAGCUCUGGUUAAGGAACUGAAAGAGGCUUUUGAGCCACGUGGCUACAUAAUAACAGCAGCAUUGGGUGCCGGGAAGGAAACAAUGGACAGCGCUUAUGACCUCGCUAAGCUGAGUCGACAUUUGGACUUAAUUCAUAUGAUGUGCUACGAUUAUCAUGGUACUUGGGAUAGAAUGGUUGGAGCCAAUGCACCUUUACGAGGGACAUCCGAAGAAGAUGUGUUGAGUGUUGAAUACACCAUAAAGUACCUGUUAGCUCAUGGCGUGAGUCCUUAUAAGAUGGUUCUUGGGGUACCCAUGUAUGGACGAAACUUCGUCUUGACCAGUCCUGGCGUUCAAAAUAUUCAGUUCGGAUUAACACCUACCAAAGAUGUUGGGUUUGCUGGACCAUGGACCAGGGAAAAUGGCUUCCUUGGUUAUAAUGAGAUCUGUGUAGAAAUAGCGAAUAAGUCUUCGAAAUGGACCUAUCACUGGGAGGAGCAAACAUCGACACCGUAUCUAAGAGAUGGCGAACGAGUUAUAGUUUAUGACGAUUCUAGAUCAAUUGCUGCAAAAGUGAAAAUGGCGAUAGACUACGGUCUCGGAGGACUUAUGGUGUGGAGUAUCGACACAGAUGAUUUUAGAGGAUCAUGCGGACCAGAGAACGACACAUACAUUGAUUUUAUUCAAAGAUAUAAUGAUAUUGUAGAAAGUCCAGUUUUACAAGAAGCUCUGAAGAACCUAAACUUGCCAGAUGCAAAUCGCAGAGAGAACUUAGGUCGACGAACAGCGUAUGUGGUAUCUAAUAACAAGUUACAAUUACGACUGCCAGAAUCAGAAUAUUCUAACUACCCUCUUAUGAGAACUAUAAAUGAAGCUACUACAAUGGCCUUGGAAGAGAAGAAGAUAUUAGACGAAAUGGAUCGUGUGAUGAAAGAUAAUGAAAUUGAACCAGAAGUAGACGACAAAGGCUCAUCGCAUAGAAUGUUUGCUAAUUUUGUGUGUGUGUUUGUGUGUAUUUUAUUAGCUUUCUAC